UUUCCGGCGUUUCCUAUUAACAAAGAAGAACAGAGUUGAACCCAUCAGGUUAGUUGGACUAAAGAGUAAUGGUUCUAACUCAGCUUUCAAGAUUUCAUUAUUUACUCCUUAAACAACCGCAGCCGAAUUUCAAUCUUUUUCCCAAACCAAAACUACCCAUCAAAUUCACUUCCCCAACACUCUUCUCUUCUCCAAAAUCGACUCUUUCGACAUCAGUACCAAUACCCAUAACUGAUUUUUCACUCGCCGAAGAGCCAAGGCUCGAGAUUUCAUUAGACAAGUUGUUUGUCCCUCCAGAGACAGAGGUUUCUUGUGAUGAUCCUAACUUAAGCACAAGGAUCUUAAAAGGGUCGAAUAUAGUGGUGAGCAAGUAUGCAAGGGAGGUUCAUGUGGUUCAAGCUGAGUUUGUGAAGAGUAGUGUGAGGACUGAGGAUUUUCCUUCUGAUGGAUUGCCUGAGUUUGCGCUUGUUGGUCGGUCUAAUGUGGGAAAAUCCUCGCUUCUUAAUUCGCUUGUCAGAAGGAAACGCCUUGCUCUCACGUCUAAGAAACCCGGGAAGACACAAUGCAUUAACCAUUUCCGCAUCAAUGAUAGUUGGUACCUGGUGGAUUUGCCUGGAUAUGGAUAUGCAGCUGCCCCUCAGGAGCUUAGGAGAGACUGGAGCAAGUUUACCAAAGACUAUUUUCUCAACCGUUCAGCACUAGUGUCAGUUUUCCUGCUUAUAGAUGCUAGCAUUCCUGCAAAGAAAAUUGACCUGGAAUAUGCUAGUUGGCUUGGCCAGAAUCAGAUCCCCAUGACACUAAUCUUUACCAAAUGCGACAAGCGGAAAAAAAAGAAGAAUGGAGGAAAAAGGCCUGAAGAAAACGUGAGUGACUUUCAGGAGCUGAUACGUAGCUUCUUCCAAACUGUGCCCCCAUGGAUUAUGACCAGCAGUGUUACAAAUCAAGGCCGUGAUGAGAUAUUAUUGCACAUGGCUCAGCUACGGAAUUACUGGCUUAAACACUGAAUGGAAAAGAAUGCAGAAUCACGCUUUUGUAUGUUGCCAAUAUAGUGGAUUUUUUAACGUUAUUUGUACAUUAGCAACAAUUCCUUUCGUGAACGAGGUGUUUAAUAUUAUGUUACGUAGGCGUUCUAUUCCCAACGCAUAUAGGAAGGAAUGCUAUCAAAGCAUUUCAUAAGCAAUGUACCACAUAUGUUGUUGAACUUGAGAUGCACUUGAGCUGAAUAGGAGAGGGAAAAAGAAGGGGCGUUGUUUAAUCUCUACUGGUGAAAGUUAACCAUGCUGCUUGAGUUAGCCAUUGGCCAAAAGAAAAGAGAAUCAGAAGCUGGAGGGGUUUACCCCUUGUGAGGCCGUCAAUGGGAAUUAGGCUAAAAUGGGAUGUGCCGUGAUAAUAUACCCUUUCCAUGUAUUCCUGUGAUUACAUUUCCAUUCCAAUUAUAACGGGCAAGAUAAGCAGUGUUUCAAGGCAUAAAAAAAUACUAGAAUUUCCAGCAUUUAGGAAAGACAGUAUGCAACCCUACAUGCAGUUUCCAGCUCUGUCCACAGAGAUAUAAGAA